AGCAACAACAACAACAACAACAACAACAACAAUGUCAACAACACUUUUCAGCCCGUCAAGAACUAUUCAACCACAAUUUCUGACAUUUCACAGAACCCCGCAAAAGCUGAAGAUGUCGAAGGCUCCAUCUACGGCCGAGUCUUCGGUAACGAGAUUUUCUUCAUGCACAGCAAGACAACGACAUCCCCCUUCAAGAAACUCCCCACAACCUGGCUGGACCUUCUUAUCCAGCUGUCCAAGAAACAAGACUACACCCUGACCCAGUCAGCUCAGUUUAUUGACGUCAGCAUGAUCAUCCCCACAACGGCCGGUCUGCCCAUCCACAUCGACGUCAACGGAACCGGCACUCUGGACCUGGUCCUCAGUGGAAAGAUGGACCUCCGCAAACUGAGCUCUUCUCCCCGCUCCCUGGACAUAGAUGGAGAAAUCCGACCAAGCGCUGCUAUUGAGAUCUCUGGAUCAAUGUCUGUUGACGCCAUGGUGACCAGGACAGGACUGCGCAUGCGCAAUACUCUGCACACCAGCACCGCCCUGAAGGGUCGCGUACAACUGGAGAGAGGCCAACAGCUCAACGUGGAGUUGGACACCCCUGAGGACAAGAUGGAAAUCUUCAAUGCCAGGUCAAAGUUCUUCAUCAUCCACAACGACGUGGAACAGGAGCAGGCCAUGAUCACGGAGAACCGACAAGAGUUAAAAAAGUGCUCCGGUGGUCAGCUGGCCGAUUUGUCCGGAAUGGAGCUGUGUGGCGAGCUGACCUUCGCUAACGCGUCCAUGAAAACCACCGGCCCUUACUUCCCUCUGACUGGACCCACCUCUGGCAGCCUGACGCUUUACAAGAGAGACUCACACAAGGGCUACAAGAUCUUUGCCAAGCGUGUGGAGAACAAGAAAGCCAGCAUUGCCCAGAUUUCUUUGAACACACCGGGCUCAAAGGUGGACCGUGCCAUCCUGCUGGAGAUUGACGUGGACUACCCCAAACAGUCUCUGAACGCCAUCAUGAGGACUCCGUGGAAAAAAGCUGCUGUCAGAGGAGUAGCCAUCAACAGCGACGAGUUGAAAAGCUUCACCGGCAGUGUGGUCAUCGAUGACAUCGACACGUACGCGUUGACCACUGAGGUGAAAGUGGACAAGAGCAAGGGCAAGCUCCAGCUGAGCCCCAUGGUUGAGCUGAGACGAGCCGGAGCGGAGAACGUGCAACUGACCGGUCACGUGACCCUUGUGAAGCCUUUCAAGUCCGCGGACGUUGACCUGUCUGUGUCCGGACUCAGCAAAAUGCCAUACAACCUCCAGACCUCCGUUAGCAACACGAAGAAAGAGAAGAGCAUCCAGGCAAGCUUCAGCCCUGACGGUCAGCGCCGAUACACUCUAGAGGCCAGCAACCAAGUGACUGUGAUGGGAAAGAAAUCGACAAUCGCCAUCGUGAAGAGUCUGCUCAAAGUGAACACGCCCACCAAGCAAGUGAUGUCCCUGACAGCUGGCGCCGACUACAGAGAGACCAAGUCCCUGAAGCUGGACGGUACCCUGGACGUCUAUCGCCUCCUCAAGAAACCCGCCAGUGUCCAGCUUUCUCUUGUGAAAAGCGGCAAGAAGCGCACCGCCCGCUAUGACGUGGAAGGCUCUCUGAAGUCAUCUGGAGUAUCCGGCAAACUGGACAGUUACACCACCAUCAAAGACACUGGCUUUGUGUCCACCAAGAGCAUCCUGAGCUACAGUAUUCCCAAAGUGGUCAAGAACAAGAUCACACUGGGCGGAACGCUCAACGACAGGAGCACAAAGUCCUACAAAAAGUACACUCUCAAGAGCACCCUCGACAUAGCCAAGAACCCCGAGUACAACCUGGGUCUUGAUCUCUCUGUGGACCACAAGAAAAAGCACAGCGAGGCUGAAGUGGAACUCAAGUACGGACCUAACCCUAAGGACAAGACCAAGAGGCUGUUCUGGUCUUCCUCUUUCACCAAGAAGCAGGCCAGCUGGAAGAACGCUGACCUAAGCUUUAAGAUGAACGCCCUGGCUCCUGCUCAUGGCGUGGACGUAAGUGUGAUGGGCCAGCAUGAGCACAACCCCAAGAUGCUUGACUCUAACGUCGUGCUCAACUACGGAGGAAAAGAAGGAAAAGACCUGAGCGCCCAACUGGCCUUUAAAGACAAGAGCAGCGAACUGGCAAAGAUCAACGGCAAAGCAGUUGUUGCCUGGCCUGGCUCAGCCUAUACCCUGACCACCGACUUUGACCAGAAGUCUGAGAAAAAGUAUGUCCACGAGAUGAACCUGAAAGACAACAGUGGCAUGAAGCACGCAGUCACCACCAUCUACAAAACUCCCAAGGGAAACGCACACGAGCUGACAACGAAGUUCAUGCUGGAUGGCGUAAAACCAAUCACCAUAACUGGAUCCACCAACCUUGACCUGAAAAAUUUCGAAGUCUCAGGAGAAAUCCAGAAAGGCACAGAUACUUACGGCCUUAAAACCAAGUCGAAAGUUUCCAAGGCUUCAAGCGCAAACGUUGUUGUGGAACUGGUGUACCCUGCCAGGCGCAUGACCCUGCUUAUGGAUGGAGGCAAACAGAAGAACAAGUUCAACGGUCGAGUUGAGGCUGCUUGGGACGCAGACAAGGACAAGAGCCAGACAAUUGUAAUUGAUGUGUCCGGAUACAUGAAGGCAUCGAAGAAAUCCACGAGUCUGGGAGGCGACGUCAAGUUCAACUCACCUUUCGAGAACUACGAAGACAUUAUGACAGCUUUCAAAUACGGAAGUGACGACAGCCAGCAUGAUCUCAGUGGCAAGUUGUCGUGGGGUGGAAAGGGCAAACAAGUUGUGUCCAGCCUUACAGUCAAGAAUCCCAUUUCUCUAAGUAAUCUGAAGAUGGUGGCAGAAUCAAAGAGCCCUUUCAGGGGAUUUCGAGUUGUCUCCGUUGAUGUUGAUCAUUCCAUGGAACCCACACUGAAAACUGUUCUCAAGGGCAGAUGGGAAAAGGAAAAUGGAAAACUGACAAUCGAAGGCGAAAACCUCGGAGAUAUGUACAGACGUAACAUCAAAGGAAGUGUUGCACUCAAGUCCACUGUGAAAAACGCCGAGGACAUCAAGCUGAGCUUGUCUCACUCUGAUGGAUCAGGCCGAGUUUCUUCCAACGCUGCACUCAUCCACAACGGAAAGCCUUACGGAUACGGCAUGAACAUGGUCCACUCGCAGAACGGCUGGCAGGUCAAGAACUCGGGAGAUCUCGUUUUGACAAUGCCCAACACCAAUGUCAAGUCAAGCUGGAAUCACAAGAACGGCGAGAGAUACAUCAAGUCGACUCUGACUUCCGACUGGGGAAAGAAUCGUCUGCUCGUAGAUUUGGAUGGUUCCCAAGACCUUCUGUCUUCUGGUGCCCUGAGCGGUGAUGUCAAGAUCCAGACUCCGUGGAGAUCGUUCAGAAGUGUAGAUCUCUCUUUGAGCCACAAGCAAGGGCGGGGUCUCAUUUUGAACAAAGCCUCCCUUAAACAAAACGGCCAAGUGCAAGCCUCUUCUACCCUCAACUACAACGGCCACCCGUCCGGACUGGACAUUGAAUUUGCUCUGACGUCCCCAUAUCAUGAAAACAUCAAUGGCAAGGUGAACAGCAAACACAGCGCCUAUCCAAUGACCGGCAUGGCUGAAAUCAGCUGGUCCCCCAUGUCUAAAGCUGUUAUGGAAGGUUCCGUGAACGUUGCUUCAUGGGAAAGCGCAAAUGUUGACUUGAAGUUGAUUACUCCUCUGAGAGAGUACCGCAACAUUGUUUUCAAAGCUUCCAACAUAGACGAAAGGGGAGAAAUGGUAUCUCACAUGAACCUCGACUACGGAGUCAGAAAGAACAUCGACUUGGAAAGCAGAAUGUCUUAUGGUGACGCCAAGAAAAUGCUCCGUCUCAGAAUGACAACUCCUUUCGAGCAAAUGAAGUCCUUGGACACCGGACUCGCUGUUACAGGCGUUAUCACAAACUUCGAUGGAUCCGCAGACUUUGAAAUGUCCCCAGCUGUCGGUAAGUUCCAGGGCUCUCUCAACUGGCAGUACGCCGACAACCUGAAGGGAAAUCUCCGCCUGGAAACUCCAUUCCCCGAGUAUCCUUACAUUGAGCUGUCAACCUCGAGCCAAAUGACAGGACGGUCCAGGCAAUCGUACAUCGCGGCAGAAUACUCUCCCCGCCAAAGAUACAGCUUGGACAGCACUUACACCUUCGAGAUGCCGUAUUCAUUUGAAGCCACCAUCAGCUCUCCUGUCCCCGAGUAUGACAACCUGGGCCUGACCUUCCAGCACAUCAACUCUCCAUCCAAACUGGUGUCUCAUGGAGAGCUGCGUUACCAGCCGAGCAAGAAGAUUGAGGGCGAUAUGAACGUUGACUGGUCCGACCUUGUAGAGGGUACACUCAUACUCAAGACUCCAUUCGAAGGGUACGAGACGAGCAAAGUAAUGUUGAGACAUCAAGGCGACAUGUACACCUUUAGCAGUCACGGAGAGGUGAACGUUGCAGAUAAGAGCGUGUCGGCAGACGCCAGCUUCAACAGCGGCUACACCACCACAGGAACGUUCACCUUCAACAGUCCCAUCCCUGGACUGGAAAGUGUUGAAAUUUCCGUGAACAAAAGAGGUAACAGCAAAAAUAUUAGAGGUGGCGCCACAUUGGUACUCAAUGGAGACAGAUCUCAAGCAAGUUUCAACCACAAAAUGAAGGACGGAGCACUGAAGUCAACUUUCAGCCUCUCCAGCCCCAACACUGAAACCUUCAAGGUCAGCAUCGAUCACAAUGGCGCCCUGGACAGUUUCACCAACAAGAUGUCUCUCAACUAUGGCCGUCGUUACGACCUUGACACCAUCAUUGCCUUCGACCACAGACAGCCAGACAUCAGCGGUAAUGGCAUGAUCAAAUACAAACUGGCCGGUCCCCGAAAUGUUGCUCGUGUGACUUUCAGCAAAACUGGCCAAGUUGAAGAUAUGGCCUUCAGUGGAACUGUUAGCUACAACAGGGAAGACAUUGGCGUACAGGGUUCUUGGAAACUUCUCAGCGGAAUGCAGGGUUCCAUUCAGGUGAGCACGCCUUUCGACGACUUCAGAAACAUCGGCGCCGUACUGAUCCACAAUGGAGAUUUGGACAACUUUAAAACAGAGUCCAGCGUAACCUACAUGGACGGCAAGAGUAUUACCGGAAAAAUUGACCUGUCCUCCAACGGCCUGAGUAGAGUCCGCUUCAACACCGAGGUGGUUACUCCUUUCACAGAUCUGCAAAGAACAAUGCUGAGUGCGCACCACGACUAUGACGAGUACACCUUGGCUCUGUCUGGAGGGGCUACACUGACCUCCACCAUCGGCCAGUUUGGACAAGGUAGUGUCACAUACAGCAAGUCAGGGGAUCUGGACAACUUCAGCGUUCAGCUCAACGGAAAAUACGCCGAUGACGAGGCCAUUGUUUCUGCAAUGAAGAGCGGAACGUUGAAUGAUUUGACCGUAAGCGGCAGUGCCAGCUACAAUGGUCAAGCCAUCAGCAUGGACGGCUCACUGAACACAAUCAGCGGCAUUGAUGGGUCAGUACAGGUGAAAACGCCUUUCACAGAUUUCAGGAAUGUUGGGAUGAAACUUUCUCAUCACGGCCCGAUCAAAGACUUCAAGAGCGAAGCAUCCUUUGACUACAUGGACAACAAGAACGUUAACGGUCAUGUGGAAUUCUCUGCCGACGGUCUGCGAGACCUGAAGCUCUCCACUGAAGUAAACACUCCACGGGAACUUCUUGGCUCCUCUAAGCUAACCCUGAACCACAAAUAUGACGCAUACAGGACAAGUGUCUCCUCGAAGGGCGAUCUGAGAAGUUCUAUUGGUGGAUUUGGCCGUGGCAGUUUCCAACUGAGCACGACUGGUGACCUGAAUGACCUUAGCAUGGAGGGCAAGGCUACCCACAAUGGUCAAGACAUCAUCGACACCAAAAUCACCAACUCCCUCCAGUCCCGUUCCCUGAACACCGCUGUGAGUGUAAAGAGCUUCGUGACACCAGACUUUGAGUUGACCGUUGGCCAUAGCGGAGUUUUCCUCAACAGCAACACCAAGGCUCAGGCCGUUCUGGGAAGCGACAACGUCAUGUCACUUGUGGCCACAGUCAGCAACAGCGGAGAUGUGCUCGACGGACAAGGUCAGCUCAACCUCCGGUCCAUGGACUACGGCAGUAGCCAGGGGUCGCUCACCGUCCACAAGGAGGGAAAGAUUGAUGACUUCAGCAUGACAGUAACCACUGAUCUCAACAACGACAAGUUCACUGUCACCGGAGCCAUGAAAGUCAAGGACGAAAUUACAGGAUCCGUUAAGCUGCAAACACCCAUCAGGGGAUACAGAAAUGUUGGAAUGUCCUUCAGGCACUCUGGUAACCUUGAGAGGUUCAACACAAACGGGGAUGUCACGCUGACUGACGACAAUCGUUACUCUGCCAAACUGGACUUUUACCGGUACAUGCUCCAACGCGUUGAAACAACUCUGGAAGUGACGACACCAAUCCAAGGCCACGAGUUCACCAAGUACGAGUACAGACACGAAGGUGGUCCAGAAAGCUUCAAAUGCUACAAGUCACUCGAGUACGGAAACUCACAGAAAAUCACGUACGACCUUCAGGCAACCACAUCUCCCAACCCCAACUUGAGUGUAACGCUGAAGACGCCGUUUGACAUGUACGAAGAUCUGUCGGCCUCUGCUUCUCUCGUCAACAACUGGCCGGUCGCUUCCGUCUCCGGCAAAGUCAAUGCUGGAAAUGGCAACGUCGUGGCUCUCAACGGAGCUCUGGACGUGAGCUCAGACAUUUCAGGCUCCCUGUCUGUCUCCACACCCCUGGAUGAUUUCUCCAAUAUGGGGCUCAGCUUCCAGCAUUCCGGUGACCUGAACAACUUCAACUCAGAGGGCAGAAUCACUUACAUGGACAACAAAGAGGUCUCUGGUAAACUGAGAUACAAACGUAACGGUGCUCGUAUUGUUGCCGAGCUCAAGACGCCCGUCACUGGUUACGAGCUAACCAGAUUCGAGUACAAAGAGAACAACAACCAGCGAAAGGCUUUCUCUGAGGGCUCUCUCUUGUAUGGAGACAACCAGGUACUCCAAAGUACUGUCAAGAUUGUCUAUCCUCCAAACCCAGAAAUGGUGUUCACUCUCAAGACGCCGAUCAGAAACUACGAGGACAUGUCUGUGUCCUACUCGUUGGACACGACAGGACCUCAGUACAAACUGGAGAGCAACGCCAACAUGGGUAACGGUCGUAGCGUCACUUUGAACGGUGGUUUUGACUCGUCUGACGACAUCUCUGCUUAUGCAACCCUGAACACACCAGUCUCUGGCUACAGGAACCUCGGGGUGGAUUUCCGCCACUCUGGAAACGACCAGAAGUUUACAACCCAAGGAAAGAUCACUUACGCUGACAACAAAGACAUCAGCGGAAAGGUUAACUUCUACCGGUACAUGUGGCGUCGUGUGACUGCUUCGGUGGAACUGAGUGCUCCUUUCUCGGGCCUGGAAAACACCAAAGGUGAGGUGAACUAUGAGGACAGAUCCACCAGUAUGAGCGCGUCAUCAUCUUUGCAAUACGGAAGCGACCAGAAACUUGACGGCAGUGUCAAGCUGACCUACUCUCCAAACUACGACUUGCUCGUGACGAUCAACACUCCUUUCGAUGAUCUCAGGAACGUUCGCGCCGUGGCUACCGCAGACCUCAAUGCCCCAAGCUACAUGGUGACCAGCGGCCUCACAUACGGCUACAACAAAGCCUACUCUGCCAACGGAAAACUGAACCUGUUCUCUGCCCAAAGACUUGAUGCUUCCCUGCAGGUACAGACGCCUAUUACAGGUUUCGAGAUGACCAAAGUCGAAUACAACCACAAAGUCGACUCCUCCAACAUUCAAGGCUCCACCUCUUUGGCCUAUGAGAACGGACGCAAGACGAUCAGUGCUGAGCUUCAGUCCAGCAUCUACCCAUCUCUGGACGCCAGCGUCACAGUGAAAACUCCCGUCUACGGGUACAGCAGCGUGCAGGGGGCACUGACCUAUGACAGCUCUUACAACAAGUACGAGGCUUCCAGCUCUCUCAAGGUCGAAGGUCGCAGCCUGUACACCAUGAACUCCGGCCUUGAUUACUCCGUGGAACCCAUCAAAGUUUUUGCCAAGAUCUCCACCCCACACACCGACUUCCGCAACGUGGAACUUGUCUUGACGCACGAGGGUCAGUUCGACAACUUCAAGUGUACCGGAUUCCUGGCCUCUCCACUCACGGACAACGUCAACGCCCAGGCUUCCCUGGACUACAAGAGUCCGUACGACAUGAGCCUGAGCACAUCCGUGAAGAGCUCGCUGGCCGGCAUGGACGACCUCAAGUUUGAGCUGAAGAAUUCUGACGUGGCCGGGGAGAAGAAGAUGAACGCUGUUGCUGGAUGGACCGACGGUCAACAGAUUCAGACAGACGUCAUGUACCGCUCACAGGAGACCUGGUACGAAGACAAGACUCACACUGACGUCAGCCUAUCCACUCCGUUCGCCGCCCUGCGCAGCCUGGCUGUACAGACCCAGCAGACGAGAAAGAGUCAAGGCCGUGAGGGAAAAUUGGCAAUCGACAUGAACGGUGCCCAGCUCCUGGACGUGAGUGGAGAGUACAGCUCCAAGGACAAACACGAGGCAUCCUUGACCUUCAAUCAGCCAUGGCCCAUGCAGUACACAGCAAGCGGCUUCAACACCGAAGGUCGAAUGGAGGCUGAUGUAAUGGCCAAUUGGAACAGAGAUGACUUGACCAGCAACGUGCACCUGGUGGCUGUGGUCAACGACAAGUCUGACGCUUACGUCACCGACAGGGCUGUGGACAUGAGUGUGGAGAGGUCAUCCCGCAAAUUGGGCGUGUCUCACACCCAGAAAGUGUCAGGCUCCCAACUGACCAGUACCGGCAAGAUGUUCUGGGACUCUGGCGAUGAGGACCAGGUCUCCUACGACCUGACCGUCACCGACAACAGCCGGCGCAACAAGGACGUGACUGAGGGCAGCCUCAAGCUGGGUCUUCCUUCCAGGACUCUCGAACUCUCUGGAUCUAUGAGCGACAGCCCAGUAGCCAAAACAGCCGACGCCACCUUCAGCUGGGACGCAGGGCGAGACAGCAGCAAACAGGUCGGUGUCAAGGCCACCAUGAGGAGAGGGAAAUCUCUGCGCGGUGACAUCACGCUCAGCAUGCCCUCCAUCAGAAAGGAGAUCCGCAUGGACGGUGAGCUCAUGCUGGACAACGGCCGCAUCAUCCUGGACUCCAAGACCGACAUCUCCUACUCCAGCGACGCCAGCAAGACCUUGACCCUGACCUCCAAGGUACAGGACAUCUCUGACUACUACAGCAACUACAACUACAGCGUCGAGCUGGGCCUGAGCCACCCGUACACCAACAUUGACGUCAAGAUGACCUCGCACCUGGGAAGUUCGGACGAGCGCAUGACCGUUGGCGUGGAGACGAGCUACCUGACCGCCCGCAGACAGACCAAGAACCUGGCGCUACUGGCUGAGAUCAACAAACUCAAGAGACAGAUCAGUGUGCAGAUGUCAAACCCCAUGAACAAGAUCGAGAUCGUGGGUGACGUUGUGAGCACCAGCCCGUCCAAGCUGAGACUUUUGAACAGGAUUGACGACACUGAAGUUUUCCGCUCCGAGCUCACAGUAGACAGUGACACGAAGUCUGCCGAGAUCAGCGCAGUCAUGGACUCUGAAAAGUUCAGCCUUCACGCCCAGUACCCAAACAGCAGCGCUUUCCGCGCCUACAUCAGUCACUGGACGCCCGAGGUGAACCACCAGGAGGCGCUGCUGGCCCUCCGCCUCAACACGACACGCCUCCUGCACUCCCGCCUGCACUGGAGGCCCGCCUUGUGGGCGCAGCUUACUGCCGGAGUCGAGGAGAGAGCCGCACGUGCCGGGGUCAAGGCCGCUGAGAUGUGGGAGCUAGUCAAUGAGGCUGUGGCUGACGAGAUCGCUGGCAAGUACAGAGCAGUGUCUAGCUCUCUGGACGAAGAACUGACGCCGCUCAUCGACGCCCUUGAGCGACAGUUUAACAACAUGGCCUACAAGAUGGCGGACAUGUCACGUGAGCUGAGAGCCACGUACCAGCGUAACGACUUCCACGUCCAGGACAUGGACGCCUACAGGACCUUGCAAAGCCAGUUUGAGUCUAUGGCCACGGAAUACCGCCGCGGCUACACAGAGCUCAUCCAGUCUCUGAGGCACGCCUUGGCCGCCAUGUUGGAAUUCCCUGCCAGAGAACGCUACACACAGCUGGUGGAGUCUGGCAUGUCCUACCUGGCAGAGCGCGUCUACUCCUCCCUCUCCUGUCUGGAGGAGUACACAGGACGCUUGGAGAAGGAUCUGCAAGAGUACAAGCACAACACGCAGAAAUGGGCAAACUCAGUAGCUGACACAGUAUACAACACCAGCUACGUAGACUACAUCGCAGACAGAUUGGCUGAGGUCAAGAAUGUGGACAUAUCACCCUACAUCACUUCCAUUGAACUGCCAGAAGAAUACAGCAACGCCAUCUACAGCGCUAGAGACUCCGCAGUGUCCGGUAUGAAGGACUUGUGGGAGCGACCAGAGAUCGAUGUGGUCAGGGGAAAUCUUAACAAAGUCUACCAGCAGGGUUCUUGGGCUUACAAGUACUGGAACGUAGAGCAAAACCUGAAGAAAAAUCUGGGACGUGCCAUGACCUUGUUGAGGGAGAUCGUGGAAGAGGAACUCAAAGAGCUGACAGCUGAGACCAAAGCCCUCUACCAGAACCCCAUCACUGUGUGGAUGCCAGAGCAAGGAGAGAUCCAGGCACAGCUGACCCUGCCCUUUGACCUCCAGAGACUGGACCAGGUCCCUGACGUGAGCCCCCUGGUCAACAAAAUGGAGGAGAUUGGCCAAGAGGUCGUGACCUACUUGCCUGACCACAGCACCUGGGAGGACAUCAAGCAGACCGUGUCUGACCUGUGGCCGGCCCAGGAGGAGGGACAAGAGGAGCCGCUGGGGAAGUACCAAACCUCCAGGCAGUACCGUCAGCUCAAGAGGGGAGGCAGAAAGGUCAACAAGAUGAGAAGAUACGGGCAGUGAAAGAAACGCAAUCCAGCAACCAUGACCAGAAACGUACCACGGAUUAACCCGAUUAUCCUCUUUGUACUUUAGUUACAUUAUUAUUAUGUAGAAUGGUUUUGGAAACAUUUGGAAGACUUUGUCUGAAACGGGUAAAAUUGUAUUCACACGUUAUUCUUUAUAAUGAUAUUGUUUAUGUUUAUGUUCUUUUUAUAAUACAAAAUUGAAGCAUAUA